AUGCCAAAACCGGGCAGCAGUAAGGGAAUGAUGAAGUUCGUCCAAACGCCGCGUCGGGUCAGCUCAAGCGAUUGGGUGGACGUCACUUCCAGCGGGCGGGUGGAGUUGCAAGGUGCAAGUCGCAACUGGGAACGCUUCUUUGGGCGGACGCCCGUGUUCAACGACAGGGCGAACAAAGGGGGCUAG